AUGUACAUCUGCUUAAUGGCUGAAACCCUUUAUGCCGAACGACUUAUUCCCAAUCUCUACCCGUCAUUGAAACUUUUACGAGCUAUGAAGAAAUCCUCAACAAUUAACUGGUUUACUCGAUGUCACACUCCGCCGCCUCAACCUAUUAUCGAUGCUGCCGUCGUUGCUGCUCGCGCUGGCCUGGUGGAGGAGCUUGCCAGCCUGGUCAGAGAUUACCCGAACCUUGCACAUUCCACUUACGUGCACUGGGCAGCCCUAGAAGGCAAAGGCGGCAUUUCUACUUACCAGGUGCUGAUAGAUGGUGGCUGCAAUAUAAAUAUUUCAUUUGGGUACACUGGCUCUCCUCUAAUAAACGCCAUCCACUAUAACAAAUUUCCGUUGGCUCGGCAUCUGCUGAGCUUGGGGGCCAACCCGAAUAUCAACCACAGGGGUGUUAGUUUGGGCCCUUUGGGGGUUGCCACCUCCUACAGGCCUGGAUUUGUGGUUGACCUCCUUGAUGCAGGAGCAAGUAUUGAAAAUACGGGAGCACUCCAUAUUGCGGCAACCAAAGGCGACCUUGAAACUAUGCGGCUACUAUUGGAUAGAGGAGCAGAUGUCAACGAGGUGAUCAAGCCUCCAUUUAACGCCUCGGUUGGAUACCACGGAAGACGCCCUCCUAUACAUCGGGCUAUCGAGGGAGGCCAUCUUGAAGCAAUAACCCUACUCCUGCAAUACCCGGUUCGAUUGGAUAUCAUAGACGAGGAUGGCUUAACGGCCGCCGAGCUAGCCAAGGUAUAUGGGUUUGAAGCUGCCGAGGAUGCUUUAAGCCGAUAUAAAGAUACAAGUGUGCUAUACUAG